CUCCUCCUCCUCCUCCUCCUCCUCCUCCUCCUCCUCUUCCAUUCUCCCUCCUAACGAUGGCCGCGAAGAAGGGCAAGAAGAAGGGCACCAGCAGCAAGAGCAGCAGGACGUGGAGCAGCAAGUCCAAAAAGAACAAGACGAAGUACCGCCCGCAGGACCCCGUCUUCAACCGCAUGGGUGGGAUAGACGACGGGCACAACCAGGCGCCCAAGGGCGACGCCGACCUGGCCGGGAUCCCCGAGCUCGAAGAAGAAAAUACGGCACAACCAUAAGCUAAGUUUUCAGAGCUCCGCGGCGAUUUCUCAGAUCUGCGCUGGGCCCACAUGGCGGCAACUCCCGCACCGAUCCAAGAAAUCCGCGCGGCGCUCCGAGAGCUCAUGCUUGAGCCGUUCCUUCUCCUUCCACGAGCCGCGGCACGCUGGAGGCGCGAUGUUCCCCGGGCUGGCGAUGGCGAUGCUCCCGCCGGGCCUGCCCGCCGCCCCGGAGCUGCCGGCGGACGGCGCCCCUCGGAGCCGGGCGGCCCGAAGGAAGCAGAAGGGCGGCGGCGCGCGCCCCGCGGCCGCGGCGGAGGCGGGCGCGGGGAGCGCCGCGGGCGCGCCGCCCGGGGCCUCGCAGCGGGCGGAGGCGCUGCCCAAGCAGAGGCCCGGCGAGUCCGCUCGGGCGUACUCUGCGAGGCUGGGCAAGGCGGCCGAGAAGCAGCUGAAGGAGGCCAGGCGGAAGCUGAACACGGAUCACCACCGGGAGAAGAAGAGGAAGCGGGCGCAGGACAAGAAGAAGGCCGCGGAGGAGAAGAGGCGCACGAGGGCGGGCGCGGGGGAACAGGAGGAGUCGCGCCAGCAGGCGCGGUUCGGCGACAUCGUGCACAGGCCACCGAUCAUGAGUUCGGCGGCGCUGAAAUCGCGCUCGUCGCUGAAGGCUCAGGCGAAAGUCCCAGAGGGCGCCCGGUCGGGCGGCGACCUCGGCGCCUACGCCGACAAGGUCCGCGAGGCGUACGCGGCGCUCAGGAAGCGGCGGCUCGGCGAGGGCUGAGGGCCGAGUUCCGCUUGCGGUCCACGCGGCGGAUCCGCCGAGCAGGUCCGCGCCCGGCCCAGAGGCGUGUGUGUGGGGGCCUGCGCGCGGAAAACGCGCCCCUCCCGCUGGGGGGGGGCUGGGGUGAAGUCGGG